AUGAGUUGCGGCAGCGAUGGAUGUAGGGACGCCGGCGACGGCAGCGGCGGGAGCGGCAGCGAGGGGUUCGGGCAGUCGCGGCCGAGCAAGGUCGCGGCGGACGACUCGGUGGAGCCCGUGCGGUGCUUGGACGCCACGUCACUGUCGGGGUCCUGGAUUGACAGGAAGCUCCUGGUCGACCCCAAGAUGCUCUUAGUCGGAUCUAAGAUUGGGGAGGGCGCCCACGGGAAGGUCUACAAGGGGAAGUAA